UUUUCCGAUUGUCUACAAUACUUCAAUCGCGCAUCCAUUGAAGGUACUCUGGUUUAUUGUACGUUUAACCGUGCUUUGACCAUGUCUGAAACUUUCUUCUUUUUCAAUUAAAGUAAAGUUUUCAUUUUAAAUCUCUUCUGAGGAAGACUCAAUUAACUGAAAGCAAAAUGACUGAGGAAAGCAAAGCCGAACAUAGAUCCGAAAGCGGGAAAGACCUGGAGAAACAACUUCGUUUGCGAGUCUGUGUUUUAAACGAACUUUUGAAGACUGAACGGGAUUAUGUUGGCACCCUUGAGUUUCUCUCGGUAUUUCUGCACCGCUUAAAUCAGUAUGCUGCCACUAGAAAUGAUAAGAAUAUUACAGAGGAGACUGUGAAGGUGCUGUUUUCCAACCUGGAGGAGAUCCUGUGUGUGCACCGGGACUUCCUGGCCAUGGUGGAGGAGCUGCUCCAGCCAGAACCCCACGCGCAUCAUGAAGUGGGCCGCUGCUUCCUGCACUUUAGGCACAGGUUUCAGAUAUAUGACGAAUACUGUGGGAACCACGAGAAGGCUCAGAGACUUCUUCUGGAGCUCAACAAGAUCCGCUCCGUCCGCACCUGUUUGCUGAACUGCAUGUUGCUGGGAGGACGGAAAAACACGGAGGUUCCACUAGAAGGCUAUCUGGUUGCCCCCAUCCAAAGGAUCUGCAAGUACCCCCUGCUCUUGAGAGAGCUGUUAAAAAGAACUCCAAAGAAGCACAAUGACUACUCCCAGGUUCAGGAGUCCCUGCAAGUGAUGAAGGCCGUGUGCUCCAGCAUUAACGAGGCCAAAAGGCAAAUGGAGAAACUGGAGGUGUUGGAGGAGUGGCAGUCUCACAUCGAGGGCUGGGAGGGCUCAAACAUCACAGACACGUGCACGGAGAUGCUGAUGCAGGGAGUCCUGCUAAAGAUAUCGGCUGGAAACAUACAGGAACGAAUCUUCUUCCUUUUUGAUAAUCUUCUGGUGUAUUGCAAGAAGAAGAACAGACGUUUAAAAAACAGCAAGGCUACCACCGAGGGCCCGCGAUACCUGUUCCGUGGACGCAUUAACACCGAGGUCAUGGAAGUGGAGAACGUGGAUGAUGGAACAGCCGACUAUCACAGCAGCGGGAACAUUGUGAACAACGGCUGGAAAAUCCACAACACUGCGAAGAACAAGUGGUUUGUGUGCAUGGCCAAGACUCCGGAGGAGAAGCAGGAAUGGCUGGAGGCCAUUUUGAAGGAACGAGAGAGGAGGAAAACACUGAGGCUGGGUAUGGAGCAGGACACCUGGGUGAUGGUGUCUGAGAAGGGGGAAAAGCUCUACAAACUCAUGAGCAAACAGGGCCAUCUAAUAAAAGACCGGAAACGCAAACUCACCACCUUUCCUAAGUGCUUCCUCGGAAGUGAGUUUGUGUCAUGGCUGAUGGAGAUCGGGGAGACUGAUAAUCCAGAAGAAGGAGUUCAUCUUGGACAAGCCUUGCUUGAGAACGGCAUCAUCCAUCAUGUUACAGAUAAACACCAGUUCAAACCCGAGCCAGUGCUGUAUAGGUUCCGCUACGAUGACGGCACGUACCACCCUCGGAGCGACAUGCACGACGUUAUCUCCAAGGGUGUCCGGCUGUUCUGUCGGCUCCAUAGUUUAUUCACACCGGUGAUCAGGGAUAAAGACUACCAUCUAAGAACGUACAAAUCUGUGGUGAUGGCCAACAAAUUGAUUGACUGGCUCAUAGCGCAGGGUGACUGUCGAACGAGAGAGGAAGCUGUGAUCUUGGGGGUGGAGCUAUGUGACAAUGGAUUCAUGCACCACGUUCUGGAGAAGAGUGAGUUCAAAGAUGAGCCUCUUUUGUUCCGCUUUUUUGCUGAUGAGGAGAUGGAAGGAUCCAACACCAAGCACAAGCCCAUGAAACACGAUCUGAAAAUAGCCGAAAAUGUCAUUGCUAAGACAUUGCUGAUAAGACCUAGCGACGGCGACUACGGCUUUACCUUAGAAGAUCGCAACCGAGUUCCUAUCAUCAAGUCAGUGGAGAAAGGCUCCCAUGCUGAGAUGGCUGGGCUGGAAGUUGGAAAGAAGGUCUUUGCCAUCAAUGGGGAGCUGGUCUUCCUGCGACCAUUUCAGGAAGUGGAGAACUUCUUAAAACAGUGUUCAUAUAACAAAGGUCCACUCAGGGUGCUAGUCAGCACCAAACCCAGAGAGACUGUGAAAAUUCCAGACUCAGCGGACGGGCUUGGUUUUCAGAUCCGGGGUUUUGGGCCAUCUGUGGUGCAUGCCGUUGGCAGAGGCACAGUGGCUGCGACUGCGGGGCUGCAUCCGGGCCAGUGCAUCAUUAAAGUCAAUGGCAUCAAUGUGAGCAAAGAGAGCCAUGCCAGCGUCAUAGCCCAUGUCACAGCCUGUAGGAAAUACCGCAGGCCCACGCAGCAAGACUCCAUAAAAUGGGUGUACAACAAUAGUGAGAGUGCACAGGAGGAUCACCAGAAGGCCAACCAUAAACCUGUGACAGAGGAGAACGGGGAUGUUUUUGAGUGUAAAGUGGAAGAGGUCAUGGAUAAGUUUAACACUAUUGCUAUAAUCGAUGGGAAGAAAGACCACGUGAGCCUGACAGUGGAUAACGUUCAUCUGGAGUACGGGGUGGUUUAUGAGUACGACAGCACCGCGGGGAUCAAAUGUCAUGUUCUGGAGAAGAUGGUGGAACCCAAAGGUUUUUUCAGCCUCACAGCCAAGAUCUUGGAAGCUCUGGCCAAGAAUGAUGAGCAGCUGGUCCAGACGUGCAGUAGACUGAGCUCCAGCACGGAACUCAUUCCUGAGGACUUGCAGGCCAGGUUCUCCGCCAUGUGCGGAGAGAGAGUAGAACACAUCAACCGCCGAAUCACCAACUACAGAAAGUUCUCACGGGUGCUGAAGAACAGAGCCUGGCCUACAUUCAAGCAGGCCAAGACCAAAGUGUCCCCCCUGCACAGCAGUGACUUCUGCCCUACUAACUGCCACAUCAAUGUGAUGGAAGUCUCUUACCCAAAGACCAUCACCUCACUGGGCAGUGCCUUUGGAGUACAGCUUGAUAACAGGAAAAACUCAACCCUGGAGAAAGGGGGCCGCAAUAGUGAUCAAGGCAAACCCAACCCCAUGGUGUACGUCCAGCACACCAUCACUAGCAUGGCAGCUCCAUCGGGCCACAGCCUGGGGAGGACAGAGGGCCACGGGCUGCGAUUCCUUCUCCGUGAAGAUGAUUUGGUCACUCUAGACGCCUACCAAAAGCUUCUCACCAAACUCACCACUGUCGUCAAGGAGAUGGAGUGCUACGCUGCCCAGAUUCAUGACUUGCUGUCAUCCAUCACUCAUCCCACGGCCUCUGAUGUGAAACCAUCUGAAAGCUAUAUCUCUGCAGAGAGUGAGAGUGACAGAACUGACCGUAAUGGCAAAAAAGUUUGUUUCAAUGUGACUGGGGAUGAACAAGAGGAUUCAGGACAUGACACCAUCAGCAACAGAGACUCCUACAGUGACUGUAACAGUAACAGAAACUCCAUAGCGUCCUUCACCAGCAUCUGUAGCAGUCACUGCAGCUCGUAUGUCCACAGCGAUGAAAUGGACUCAGGCGACGAGAUGCCUGCCAGCGUGUGGAUCUCUCACGACAAGCAGAAGAAGCUUCAUGGCUUUCUGGAGCAUCUGUUCAGCCAGGUGGACUCCAUUACCAGUCUGUUGAAGGGAGCGGUUGUGGCUCGUGCCUUUGAACAGACAAAGUGCUUCACACCUGGGCGAGGGCUACAAGAGUUCCACCAGGAAAUGGAGCCCAAGGUCAACUGCACCAAGAAGCUGCGUCUCCACAUCAAGCAGGACCCGUGGAACUUACCCAGCAGCGUCCAGGCCCUCACGCAGACUAUUGCCAAGUUUGUAGAAGAGGUGAAGACACGGUUACUACUGGUCUUACUUCAGUACACAGACUCAGAGAUCCAGUUGCGGAGGGACAUGGUGUUUUGUCAGAGUCUGGUAGCUGCCGUUUGCUCGUUUUCAGAGCAGUUACUGGCUGUUCUGAACCAGGCUCACAGCACUGAGGGCGAGGCCCAGGAAGCUAGCCGUCGUUGGCUGGAGCAGAUCUCCUCUGCUGGGCUGCUCCUUCAUUUCCAGUCCCUGCUCUCCCCCAACCUGACGGAUGAGCAAGCUAUGUUAGAGGAUACCCAGGUGGCAUUGAUAGACCUGGAGAAGGUCACCUUUUACUUCAGACAAUUUGACGGUGAACCUGUGGUUGCAAAUAUGCCCAUCUCGUACCAGGUGGAGGGUACAAGACAAGCCCUGAAAGUGUGCUUUUACCUGGAGGGCUUCUACUUCCAGCACCUUCCCCAGAGACUUAGACACGGGAGCGGCUUUAAGAUCUACCCGGUCCUCUUCACACAGGCUUUGGAGAGCAUGGAGGGUUAUUAUUACAGAGACAAUGUCUCAGUGGAGGAAUACCAGGCACAGAUCAACGCUGCUUCCCUGGAGAAGGUCAAGCAGUACUACAAGAGACUGAGGGCUUUCUAUCUGGAUAAAUCCAACCUGACCCCGAGCUCUGCCCCUAAAGCUGCUUUUAUAGACAAGCUGAUGCGUCCUCUGAAUGCAGUAGAGGAGUUGUACAGGCUGAUGGAGAGCUUUAUCUCGUCAAGGCGAACAGCAGCGUGUCAGUUCACUGCGUGUGGUGCUUCAGGUGUGGGACUGCUCACCGUGGCCUCAGAGCUCAGCAACCGCCUAGGAGCCUGUCAUAUUGUUAUAUGUAACAGCGGAGUUCACCGCUGUACCCUGAGUGUGACCCUGGAGCAAGCCAUUUUGUUGGCCAGAAAUCACGGGCUGCCACCACGCUGUAUCAUGCAGGCCACUGACGUCAUGAGGAAACAGGGAGCAAGAGUCCAAAAUUCUGCCAAGAACUUGGGAGUGAGAGACCGCACCCCGUCUUCAGUGCCAAGAUUGUAUAAGCUGUGCCAACCUCCACCACCGGAUGGUGACCCCUGAACUUUUGUAGCCUGGGUGGAACUGAAGCGUCUGCAUCCAACCAACCACAUGUCCAGUCAUACAC